AUGGGAGAUCACAUUACCUCUGCUUGCCUAAAAGUCCAAUUAGUUAUAAAAGCACUUAGCAUCCUGUUAACCAACUUGCGGGGACCAAGUGCAUCUAAAAGAAGGGUUCUGACUAUGGCAAUGCAGUCCAUAGUGAUGUACGGUGCGCCUGUAUGGGCCGAAGCCAUGAAAAUCAAAAAAUUCCAAAGGAGAAUAAUCCAACUCCAACGAAUAAUGGGAAUCAGGACGUGCUCAGGGUACCGUACAAUAUCUGUAGAUGCGGCCAUUCUCCUGGGAGGCCUGGCCCCACUGCAUCUCCUGGCAGCUGAAAGCAAACUUCUCUUUGAGAAAAAACUUGCUAGAAACCCGCCUGAUGUAUUGAGACGCAAACAAGCUAGAAGGGACACAUUAAUUAAAUGA